AUGGCUCGAGGCGGCAAGAAGGAAGGCGGCGCGGCGGCGGACCCCGAGGCGGAGGAGAGAGCAAAGCUGAAGAAGCUGGCCUUCUCCAGAAACAUUUUGUCGCAGAGCCCAGCGAAGGUGGGCCGCCACGCAUCCGCCCUGGCGCCUAACAAGGCGGUGGUCAAGCACCACGGCCGGGAUAUUCUCAGGAAGUCACAGCGGAAGAACAAGUAUCUCUUCUCCUUCCCCGGCCUUCUCGGCCCGAUCUCCGGUGGAAAAAUCGGCGAGCUCAAAGACCUCGGCACCAAAAACCCCAUCCUAUACCUAGAUUUCCCGCAGGGCCAGAUGAAGUUGUUUGGGACGAUCGUUUAUCCCAAGAAUCGGUACUUGACGCUUCAGUUCUCAAGAGGCGGGAAGAAUGUAACAUGUGAUGACUACUUUGACAAUAUGAUAGUAUUUUCAGAUGCUUGGUGGAUUGGAACCAAAGAGGAAAAUCCCGAAGAGUUGCAGCUUCAGUUCCCAAAGGACCUGAUUGUGGAAAAACACGUUGAUUAUGAUUUCAAGGGGGGUGUAGGGGCUGCAUGUGACCGUAAACAAGAUUCUGGGAAAUCUGCAGUCAAAUGCUUGGAACAGGACUCACCAAAAGUCAACUGUGAAGAUGAUUUAACUGAGAGUCCAAGUGAUAAUGAAGAGCUAACAGAUAUUACUCCAGCUCGACAGUCAGCUAGGACUGCAGGAAGAACAUUCAAUUAUGCAGAAAUGUCGGCUGGGGAUGAUUUUAUUGGAAAUGGAGAUGAAACGCCUGAAGAGGAGGAAAGCUCCUCCCCUGUUGUAUUCGACAUCAACAAUGUGGAUAGUGCUAGUAAAGAUCAAGCUACAAAACAAGAUAAGCAGUCUUGGAAAGCUAAAGAUCUUCCUAAAAAUGAUCAGAAGUCUCUUGUUCAAACAACACUAUCUUCACUGUUUAAGAAGGCAGAGGAUAAGAAGACAAAGAAGGAUGUUAUACAGAAGACAAAUGCUUCGGAUGCUUCAAAGCUUACAAAAGGAAGAAAGAAAGUAGAGGAAAGACAAACUGGCACUCUAACUAAGGAGCAGAAGAGACAACAAAAGAAUGUAGAGUUAGUGGGCCCUAUUACAGUUUACCAAAGGAAGACAAAAGCCAAAACCUCCGAAGCAUCCUCAAAGAGAAGAAAACCUAAUGUGGUCUCUGCUUCCCAGUCAUCUGAUCCGAAUGACUCCACUCAGGUCUCAGAUGACGACAUAGAAGAUUUCUCCAGCACAUCGCAGGACAUCGGGGAAAGUGAUGAAGAUUGGACAGCUUGA